GAUUACUGUGCCGAACUCUUGUAUGAAAGCUGUCGCCUGUCUUCAUCUGGAGGAGGAAUUUAUGCUUCUAAACAAAUAUAUAUUUUAACUUAACUCCAGUCGACAGGUGAUUUUGGAGUUUAACUAACCCUGCGUUUGGACGUGACUUCCGGAGGGAACUUUGAAGAACAUCUGAUUCUGUGCGGCGCAUCCGAGAGGAGACACCAUGAGGACAUGAAGGGAGAAGCGGUCCUCCGACACAUUGUAUUUUUUAACCUGUAAAUCGGCUGUCGUGGAGGGUGCAUCGGUCUGGUGUGGGAUGUUCACUAACUGGCGGCGCGUUGAGGCUGAAGGAGCAUGGUGAAACACCAACCCUUGCAGGUCUAUGAGAAGCAGGUCUUUGUGUCCUUGGUCACCGGCAUCUAUGGUUGCCGUUGGAAACGCUACCAGCGUUCCCAAGAAGACAGCUCCAGGUGGGAGUGCACAUGGUUCCUCCUCUUGUGCAGCUCAUUCCUCCUGCUUCUCUUUUGGGCCUAUUUCUGGUUGGUGGCUCAGAAUGAUUUCAACGAGUUCAACUGGUCUGUGUACAACCGCUCCGGGGAGUGGAAGGACGAGACCAUCCCCCUGCUGGCCUCCACCACAGUGGGCUUCAGCUACAUCACAUUCUUGACGAUCUUAGCACUUUUCCAUGUGUCGCUGGGCCAGCAGCUGAACCUCUACUGGGUUCACAAGAUCGGAGUGUUGGCCACGCUGGUCACCACCAUCUCUGGAGUUGUCUCUGUGGACGACUUGUGGGGGGACGAGUGGGAUAUUCUGCUGGUGUCACUCCAGUCCACAGCACCUUUUCUCCACAUUGGAGCUCUGGCAACAGUCACGGCCAUCAGCUGGCUGGUAGCUGGGUAUGUGGUCCGGAGGGAGAGAUCAAGUUUUCAGAUGAUCAUAUUGCUCAUCUACAUCCUGCUCCUCGUGGCUCUGUACUUGGCCCCGCUCACUUUCACCUGCCCCUGCAUCAUGGACUGCCACACCCUCAAACCACGACCUGAUGUCAUCGGCCGAAGAGGAGCACCCAUGCUGGCUCCUGAAAACACCAUGGUGUCCUUUAACCGAGCGCUGCAGCACGGCGCCAGCUCCCUGGAGGCCGACGUGGCUCUCAGUGUGGAGGGGGUGCCCUUCCUCAUGAGAGACAGCACCCUGAGACGGACCACCGAUGUCAGCAAGGUCUUCCCGUCCAGACAGUAUGAAGAUGCCUCAUUUUUCAACUGGACCGAGCUGCGCUCGCUGAACGCCGGCCAGUGGUUUCUGACGAGUGACCCCUACUGGACAGUGGAAACGCUGACAGCGAGGGAUCGCAACAGGAUCCGGAACCAGACCGUGUGCAGCCUGGUGGAGCUCCUGCGUCUGGCCGCCCGAGCCAACAGCUCGGUGCUGCUCAACAUCCGCAAGCCUCCGCCGCAGCACCCCAGGUCCCGCAACUGGUUCAUGGACACCAUGUGGGCCGUGCAGAAGGCCGGUAUUUCCCAGAAGAGGGUGAGGACUGUGACGUGGACCCCCGACACAGACAGGGGGAGGGUACGAGGCUUUCAGCAGGCCUCGCACGAGAAGCUGUCGAUGGCUGAGAUACGGCAGCGAGGAAUAACAAGCCUGACUCUUCAUUACAGCAAAGCCAGCCACAAAGAGAUACAGGAAUAUCUGGCCAAUAACAUUAGCGUGAACGUCUACCCAGUGAACGAGCCCUGGCUCUACUCGCUGCUGUGGUGUAGCGGGGUGCCUUCCGUCUCCUCCGAUGCCCCCCAAGUCCUCCGAAAGGUGCCUUACCCCAUCUGGCUGAUGAGUCAGAGUGCUUACAACUUCAUCUGGAUCACCUCGGAUCUGGUCUCCCUCGCCAUCAUCUUCGUGAUCUUCGGUUUUCAGAACUAUCAUAUGAUCAGGUGGAGGAUGAGCGGCAUGCAAAACUACAACCCAGAGCAGAUCAUGUUGAGCGCCGUAAACCACCGGGCCGGUCGGAACGUCAACGUCAUGAAGGAGAAGCUCAUUUUCACAGAUCUGAACAAUGGGCUGAGCAGCACAGAAGAGCUGGCUUUGCAUCCGGAAAACGGCCACGCCACUUAUUCCCGUGGAGGUCUGAGUCGAUGAUGAGGAACUGUUGGACUUAACUGGAAUCCUGUGACAGAAAAUGAAACCCAGAAAUGUUCAUUUUUAACAGGACGAUUUCGUACUUCGUCUUUUGCUAGAUGGCAGCAAAAGAAUCUACUUCUGUUCUGUAAUAUAUUCUGAUGUACAUAUGUUUUUAUCGUCCCGCAGUGGUCAGUAUUUGUUUGAAUAUGUUGAUGGGGAUUUCAAAAAAAUGAAGCUUGUCGGUCUGGGGUGCUUCCUCUGUGACACUUCUUUACUCUAUACUCCGCCUCUGUCCGCUCAUGCCAUGAGUCAAAUAGCGACUCUCACAAGGCUGCCUUUUUGUUCAACUGUUGACGUGUAGUUUCUGAUAAAGGUGCGUGUGCUCCUCGUUGCUAUGUAAGUAGCUGCAGACAUGAUCAAUA